UUUAGUACCAAAAUUUAAUUCGAUCACGCUAAAAUUUAAGUCCUCGCUUUUCUCCUUCGUAGCAUUAGCAUACUAUGCUAUGAACCAAACCCUUUUGAAGUUUCGGAAGCAUAUAUUGUACUGGUCUCGCAAUGAGACACUUGGUGCAUGCAUUUUAUUAAACUGUCAAAUCCACAGCACUAAUUUAAGCGUAAAUUUAGCAUCCUUAAUUUUUGAAAAUUUGUGUCAGAUUAAAACCGUUGCUCAACCAAUUCACAUUUGAAUAUCAGACGAACCAGUAGUUUGAUCAUGGUUGCAUAAAUUUUCGUUAUUUAUCUUCUAACUUGUCUAAAAUGGACCCAAAAUUUAAGCAUAAACUGCAAAACUUAGGGCCAUGAUUAAUGUUAACAUAGACACUGCCAAACGCGGAAUUAUUAAAAAAAAAAACGUUGAACUUCAGAUUCGGUAAGCAUUUUACAAUGCAAUAAAUACAAAUUAAUACAUUGUUACAGUCUAUUAGUCUUCGGUUUCUUUCCCCCUAGUCCGAUUUGUUUCCAUUUUCACCUUAUUUUCUCCUUAAACGAUUUUAUUUGCGAGUCAUUUAAUGACUUGGAUUUCUCUAAUUAAUAUUUAAUAAUUUAUAAUGAAUUAAAUAAAAUUAAAAUAAUAUUGUAAGAAGAAGAUAAGUUUCCUUCCUCUCAUAAAUAUACAUGCAUGCCCCAAAGCCAAAGGUGUUAUUAACCAUCCUCUUAUCGUAAGAAACUAGUAAAUCAGAAAGAAGAAUAUGAAACAAUCAGAUUUUGUUCCAAUGAGAUUCUCUCUAGCACCAACUCUUCUUCUUCUUGUCCUUCUCCUCUUUUAUCAACAUCACUCUUCUUCAAACCUAAAUUCCAACACUCUAUCCUCUUUCGUGGAUGCUACAUCACUCGCACUGUCUCCUUCACCGUUCCUAUCCAUGGAGUUUAGCAGUCAUUCAUCAAACUUCACAUUAAUUCCGAGUGCUCAAAAGGUAUGUCUGGAAUUGGACUCGUUUUUGUUAUUAUAAUUCAAGUGCCUUUUGGAUUUAUUUUGAAACUAUAUGAUUGGUUGUGAUAAGAAAGAAAAGACGAGGAAUGGAAUAGAGGAGGGUUUAGCGAAAUCAAGAGCGGCCAUACAUGAGGCUGUGAGGUCGAAGAAAUAUGCAUCGGAGAAUGAAGAAACCUUUGUUCCUCAUGGAGCCGUUUACAGAAACGCUUAUGCAUUUCAUCAAAGCCAUAUAGAGAUGGAGAAGAAAUUUAAAGUGUGGGUGUAUAGAGAAGGAGAGAUACCGUUAGUGCACAUGGGUCCAAUGAACAGCAUCUAUAGCAUAGAAGGCCAGUUCAUGGACGAGAUCUCUAGAGCUAUGAGCCCAUUCGCGGCUAGCCACCCGGACGAGGCUCACACCUUCCUCAUUCCCGUAAGCAUCGCCAACGUCGUUCAUUACUUAUACCGGCCGCUCGUGACCUUCUCCAGAAAACAACUUCACAAUGUGUUUCUUGACUACGUCAAUGUCGUGGCUCACAAGUAUCCUUAUUGGAAUAGAAGCCAAGGAGCCGACCAUUUCUUCGUUUCUUGCCAUGAUUGGGCACCAGACGUCUCAGGAUCGAACCCUGAAAUGUUGAAAAACAUGAUAAGAGUCCUAUGCAACGCCAACACAUCAGAAGGUUUCAUGCCCCAACGAGAUGUCUCAAUCCCGGAGAUCAACAUCCCCGGGGGCCACCUAGGCCCACCUCACUUAUCCAGCUCUUCCGGCCAUGACCGGCCCAUCCUUGCUUUCUUCGCAGGCGGCUCACACGGUUACAUCCGCAAGAUUCUACUAAAGCACUGGAAAGACAAAGACGAGGAGGUCCAAGUCCACGAGUAUUUACCCAAAAACCAAGACUACUUCAAACUCAUGUCCAAGGCAAGGUUCUGUCUCUGUCCUAGCGGCUACGAAGUGGCUAGCCCUAGGAUCGUUGCAUCCAUUAACUUAGGCUGCGUCCCAGUCAUCAUCUCUGAUCACUACGCAUUGCCCUUCUCAGACGUUCUUGAUUGGAGUAAGUUCACCAUUCAUAUCCCCUCUGAGAAGAUCCCGGAGAUUAAAACCAUACUAAAGAACGUGUCAGGGAGACGCUACUUGGUGUUGCAGAGAAGAGUCUUGCAGGUACAGAGACAUUUCGUUAUCAAUAGACCGUCUCAACCGUUUGACAUGCUUAGGAUGCUUCUUCACUCCGUAUGGUUGAGAAGGCUAAACAUUGGGUUGCAUUUGUGAUUCUGCGAUUCUUUAGGGAUUAAAUAUUGGUAUACAACGAAAAGGUAAACAUUUAAAUUAUAAAUAGACUAUUAUUUAAAUAUGAGAUUUUUUCUUAAUAUAGUGGUA